CCUUAUCUUGCCCACCGCUUCGUCUCCCAGACCUACUCAGGUGCAGUGCGAUCUCAUUCCCGACUCAUCUAAGUCUACUGUGCAAACUGCAACAAUAUGAGCUACGAAGAAGACCGUCAUCUCGCCAGUGCUAGUGAGGAGCUCGAAGAACUCGCCAUCCGCGUAUCAUCGCUCCCUCCUCUUCUCGAUAAGACCGUCCAGCAUGUUUCUGGGGCCGUGAGCGGCGUCCAACAAGCCAUCGACAGCGACCUCGCUGCCCAGCUCGAACAGGUCGCUGAAUUUACCGCCGAUAACGUCAAAGUCAACGUCGAAGUGCUUGUGGACGUACUGGACUGUGUUAGCAAGAUCCACCCGUUCAUUGGAGUUGCGGCUCUCGCAUUCAAGGCAGCGGUCAAGCUAGAGAUGACCCGGCGAAAGAAUGAUAAACGAGUAUUACAGCUGCAUGCCGAUAUGUGCAAUAUGAUGCGUACCGUAGCUUGGCUCCAUGACUUUCAACGAGAGUACGUCAAGGGACAAGAAACCAUCGUGAUUGAAGACCGUCUCAAGUCCCGCGUGGAGGACAUUGCGAGCGAUAUCGAGGCGUGCGCCAAGAGCUGCGCCUACUUCCGGGACAAGGUGUUCAUUGUGAGGGUGCUUACUGGUCCCCAAUGGGAGCACAUCCUCUUGGACUUCUCCGAAAAGUUUGACACUCACCAGAAGGAGGUAGGUAGGACUUUGACGAUGAUCACAGCCUCGAAGUCCGCCCGCAGCUACGAGAAGUUGUUUAACAUGGAACAGCAACUCAAUAGAGUGGCGCUUUUCACUUCGCUUCGCCCUCGAGAAGAUCACAAGCUGCAGGAAUUUAUUGACGUUCACGGAGGCCCCAAUGCUGUCUGGGCAGACGAGGCCUUGCGGAAGGACCUCGAACGGUUGGUCGAGGAAAACGAAACAAAUCGGGAAGAUAAGCUAAUUUCUCACGCGACCAACAUCUUCGACGAAGUCGGGCAAGACUUGCAGUCGACGAUGCAAAGGCUGUUCAACGAAAACCAAACGUCCUUUGACGAGCAUUUCCAGUCGCGCUGGGAUAAUCUGCUGGCGACAUUUCGGGUGGCACUACAAGAAGGAAACAGCGAACAGAGCUCACGUACGGAAUUGCAAGACGAUGAUAUACGAGCACUGUGGUCAGACAUGAGAUGGGGCCGCCGGGAGCCAGCAGAUGUAGUCAUUUCCCAACUGCUGCUAGUCGCAGCAGAGAAGGUUCACGAGCAAGCUAUGGAUCGCUGGGCAUUGCAUUAUCUGAGCCCAAAGUAUUGGAAGCAGGGUCUGCUGGAAGCUAUUGAUGUUGAUGGUUCGGGCUACGUUACCAUUGCUGAGAUCAAUAGCUUUUCAGUACUGCGGCCACGAGGUCCUGAGGGCUGGAGUUUACCACGCUGGAUGGCAUAUUGGACAGUGGGUCAAGAGCUAGUUUUGAAGCAUUACUACGAUGCCAUCGACAAGCAACUCGUGCAGAUACGAGAUACCGCGACGCAUGCUCUGCCUUUCAACCGAGCGCUUGUGCAAAAGCUUCUCGGCGGGGGCAUAUUCUACACAUGCGACUGUAUCCUUGCGGGCGUAUAUCUCGUGGCAGAACGCAGGUCUCUGGAGCCUCUGGUUUUCGCGAAGUUUGAAAGUCGCGUGAGCGCCGAGGAAGACGAGCUCCGGCAGCUCCUAGAGUCCGUCAACUAUGAGCUUGACUCAUGCAUAAUGUCAUCAGUCGUCGGAUCCAGACGGCUAGAUACGAUCGUCCUUCCGUUGUUAUACCUGCUCCUCGAACGAGCGCUGAGAAUAAUGAAGGAAGCCGUCAAUGAGUCAUUGGAUCAGCAACAAGUACUUGGCUUACGCGCAUCCCUGUGGACGCUAUUACGUGCCAGCUAUCACAGAGUGGAAGAGAUAAGAGAUAUGUUUGUCACGCUAUCAUCCGACGAAAUUCUAGUUAAAGAGAAAAUCAAGAGGGUAUCCCUUGGCUUGUAUCGCUAUAUCUACUGCUAUGAUGAGCUGGGGACCUCGAAGUACCUCAACGACCAGAAGGCGCUUCGCCCCAGCUGUCUUACUCCGGGAUUCAGUCGUACUAGUCUGGAAACACAGCACUCCAGCCUCGGGUCUCUCGAACGAGCAUGGACAUACGGAGAAGUCGAGCAACUUCUUACGGAUACGCGGCACGAAUUGUACCCUUUUGUUCAGCUCUGCGUCGAGCAAGGUAUUAUGGCGAGCGAGGGCGAGCCAGCCGACGUCUUCUUGAACAUGGCUCGCGAAGCAAUCGCAAAAGCUGCCCAUUUGGGCGGACCUCUGGCCCACGUCGUAAACUCUCAGAAUCCUUUCUUGCGCUUUCUGACCCCCAGUCGAACGCGAGAGAUGCUGAUGUCGAGUGUAACACAAAUUGCGAAGCAAGCGCCUGCCCCCCAACUUCAGUUUUGCUGUGCCUUGGUGGACAGCGUCGUCAGAAGACAAAUUUUACAUUCACCAGUAACCUGUGACAGAUGCAGAAAGCGGACGAUUAACAUGACUCGACUUAUCUGCUUAACCUGUUCCGAGGAUGAGGAUUCUACAAGACGCGGACGAACCACGGACUACUGUGCAAGAUGUCUUUUUGACAACUUGCAACUACGUUGCGCCGUCUCCGAGCAUGAUCAGCAUUCAUUUCUACAAGUGCGACGGUUCACGUACAAUAAGUGGAGACACGCGUCUUUGAAGGAGGCGCGCGUGAUCUGGCAAAAACAGGCCGUCCUAUGUGGUCUCCUGGACGCACCAAGGACACAAUUGGGUGUCGAACGUCAUUCGCGAGGACCAGACGAGCGGGCCCUUUCGUGCCAGACUUGCCUAGAGCUCAUCACAUCCUCUUUCUGGUUUUGCUUAGACUGCCGUGAAGGUG